GUCCUUCUUUCGCCCUCGUUUACCGAUGGAAUGCUCGACGCUCUGAGCCUUUUCGACGCUAUGUGUGUUUGUUUUUGUGUGACCCAGGCUGGAGGAGGGAGGCCUGACCCGGGCUAACAGCGUUAGCCAUUUGUUUACACGGAUUUAACCCGUUAGCGUGAGCGCCUCUCGCUCGUACCGCGGUUUGGGGGUGUAUCGGUGGCCCCUCUCCGCCUGGACUUCGUUAUUUUGAUACGAAUUUACCUCAGAAAAACGUCUAAAUGUGCCGCGGAGUCCGCGUUACACAGCCAUCGAGCUUAGAAAGCGGCUGGAAACAGCUAGCGGCUAUGCUAUGCUACGCUAAACUACGCUAAGUUUUCGAAUUUCCCCGUUCCACCUUAACUGCCGCGGCAGCUCCAUUCCGGAGCCGGAGGUGCCAGAAUGCAACUGCUGCGCCGUUUAAGGUGGAACGGGGAAAUUCGAACAAGAAGCUGGCGAAAUUCAGCUUGGUGUUUUUCUUCUUCAGAGUCUGAACGGUGGUGAUAUUUGCUGGCAGUUUCUCAUGAUUUGACACUAAUUUUAAAUCCAACUCUGUGAAGCAAACAACGAAGUAAAUAACGUCAAAUAAAAUAAAUAAGCUAAGCUAAGCUAGCUUUGCUGCAUUACGUAAUGCUGCUCGUUUCAGCUGGAGGAGGAAAAUACAGAUAAACAGAGGCGAACCUGCCGCCUUCGUUAUGCUUUUCUUGGUUAUCUUUGUCACUUUUACUCUACAUAUCUGCUCAAAUCCAUAAACUAAGCUACACUCUGUCAUUCUGGGUAGCCUGAGGCUGAGCCUUAGAUAACUACACGCUAUUUGCAUAAUCAGUUCAGUGCAAAAGCUCCUGGAAAGCACUGCAGAUGUAUUUUUCUGGACCUGAGCACUUUGUCCAGACUGUAUUCGCUCGGUGUUGGUUUUGUAGACUGGUUUGUGUGCAAUUCUAGGCACCCGUUGCCUAUUUUUAGUGCGGAGGAGUGUAAGCAGUGUGUUGCAGAGAUAAUCUUACUGCCAUACAAGGAGGUCUCAGUCAGAGAGGGGGGUAUUUCUGUCAAAUGCUUGGUUACAUAAUUGGUUAUUUCGUUUUCUUGCCCGAUAGGCCUUCUGGUAAGGGGAGGGAUUCAUGCCAAAUAAAAAAAAGAUCACUACAGUGGAAAAACGUGAAACGUAACGCACACAUUACACCACUUUUCCAUUAGUGACCUGCAGAAUAUGUGACGAAGAGAAAGAUGAACCCUCUAAAAAUACUGUUUUUCACUUCGCUUGACCUCUUUAAUGACAAAUUACAUGAAGACAUAUUGCUUUCCACUGUGCAGUGCCUAAAAACGGAUUCGCUUAAUUGAAAUGCAGCCAAAACACUGCACACACGACACUACUUUUCCAUGGGUGGCGUGUGGAAUAAGCGCCAUAGUGAAAAGCAAAACCCCUACUACGCUGUUUUCAUGUCGCUUGAACUCAUGGAAAUAUAACCACAAUUGAACUACAAUGCGCAUAUGACAGUACUGUUCCAUAAUGUCAUGAGAAACAAACCCUGUAUUACGUUGUUUUGACCUCUUUACUGAAAACAGUGCUUGCAGAUUUGCAGCUAAAAUAUGGAAUGCUGCACUGGUGUCAGACUUACACGCGGUCCACUUUGACAUGUAAUGAAUGCAGGGCUAUAUUACUGUGCGCUUUAAACCGAUUCUCCUCAUUAAAAUGCAACCAUAGCAGUAACAGUGAAACACAAGGUAUAUAUGACGUUACUUUUCCAUACGUGACGUGCGGAGUACGAACCAAACGUUCACAGGACUAAACGUAUCGGGUUCUCAACGUCUUUAUUUAACGCUAGAGGCGGUUUUUCGAAAACCCUGUUCAUUCUGGCCCAUAGAGAAACAGAGCUCAGACCCGGAGUUCCUAAUAUGGGCAUAAGAGCAGAAUGACGACACGACGACUACAGUGGUCUAUAACUUCAGAGUGAGUGGGCGGGGCUAAACGGUUGUCGGCUGAAUGUGCUGUUUUUUUAUGAUGUUGUCUUUUGCUGCCGGGUCUCCACAUGUCAGGGGUGUCCAGUCUGAACCUGCAGCCAUGCUGAACCUCUGAGGACUUCAUUCCAAGCAGGCAGGAGCUCACAGGAUCACACUCGUUUGGUCGGUGACUCCCAGUCUUCAGCAGCAGAUCACGUGAGCUCCUGUCCUAGUUGGACUGAAAGCUCACAGAUAUGAUGGGACACCCCUGUCAUGUGUGUACUGUAUGGACUGGGGUGAUAGCGGUGCACUUCGACAGUGUUGGGCAACUCCGCCAGGAUGGGUGCGUUUCUGGACAAGCCAAAGAUGGAGAAGCACAACGCCCACGGUGAGGGCAACGGGCUGCGUUUCGGCCUGAGCAGCAUGCAGGGCUGGCGGGUGGAGAUGGAGGACGCCCACACGGCUGUCAUCGGCCUUCCGCACGGCCUGGAGCGGUGGUCCUUUUUCGCCGUUUACGACGGCCACGCGGGGUCGCAGGUGGCACGCUACUGCUGCGAGCAUCUGCUGGAGCACAUCACCAGCAACCCCGACUUCGGGGGCGGCGGCGGAGGGGGCGACGGCGGCACAGACGAAGACCCGAGCGUGGAGAGCGUGAAGUCGGGCAUCCGCACGGGCUUCCUGCAGAUCGACGACCACAUGCGGCAGAUUUCUGAGAAGAAGCACGGCGGCGCGGACCGGAGCGGCUCCACGGCGGUCGGCGUGAUGAUCUCGCCGCGCCACGUCUACUUCAUCAACUGCGGAGACUCGCGCGGCCUGCUGAGCCGCGGGGGCGCCGUCCACUUCUUCACGCAGGACCACAAGCCCAGCAACCCACUGGAGAAGGAGCGCAUCCAGAAUGCCGGAGGGUCUGUCAUGAUCCAGCGCGUGAACGGCUCCCUGGCCGUCUCCAGGGCUCUGGGGGACUUUGACUACAAGUGCGUUCAUGGUAAAGGUCCCACGGAGCAGCUGGUGUCGCCCGAGCCUGAGGUAUACGCCAUCGAGCGCUCGGACACGGAGGACGAGUUCAUCGUGCUGGCCUGCGAUGGGAUCUGGGACGUGAUGGCCAACGAGGAGCUCUGCGAUUUCGUCCGCUCGCGACUCGAGGUGACCGACGACCUGGAAAGGGUCUGCAACGAAAUCGUGGAUACCUGCCUGUACAAGGGAAGCAGAGACAACAUGAGCGUCGUGUUGGUGUGUUUUGGCGGAGCACCGAAGGUUUCGCCGGACGCUGUGAAGAGGGAGGCGGAACUGGACAAAUAUCUGGAGAGCCGUGUGGAGGAGAUCCUGAAGAAGCACGGUGAAGAGGGAGUGCCCGAUCUUGUGCAUGUGAUGCGAAUGUUGGCAUCUGAGAGCAUCCCAAACUUACCGCCCGGAGGAGAGCUGGCCAGCAAGCGAAGCGUUAUUGAAGCAGUAUAUAACAAACUUAACCCGUACAGGAGUGAGGACACAAAGCUACAGCUGAGGAUUCAACGAACAAACUUCCAAGAAAGGAGAGAUUGUUAGAAUGAUGAGCGGAGCUGCGGAUGAGUCUAGGAUGGUUCGAGAAAGCAGUAGAACGUCGAGGAUGCUCUGUAUUCGAAAAGCGGCAGAUGAUGAAGGAAUGACUAUAAAUAGACACUUAUGAUUCUUGUUUAUAUGCCAAAAACCUUUCAGUGCAUUUUAAUCUACAUGGAAGUGAUUUAAUAAAAUAACACUGAUUGUGCAGAAAUAACA